UUUGGCCGUUUAUCUGCCGUUUGGGAUCAUAACCGAUUCUUGGUGAAAUAUCUAGCAACUGUACCAUUCGAAAAAAUAAUAGAGUUAAAAAAUGAAUAUAAUAAUUUUUAUUGGAUUCCCGGUUGCACAUUGAUAAUGAGUCGAUUCAAACCGGAUAAUCUGCUUCAUCUAAUACACGAUGAUCUAUUGCCAUUACAAGCGACAAUACGAGAACGAAUCGGAACCAAUAUGAUUGAUAUAUUAUUUUUCGAUGAUCAUUGGCCACAAUCAUUUGGCUAUUAUUUUUUUCAACAGCAAGCAAAACGAAUAUUGUUUCGAAAUGAAUUUUCUUCGAAAUCUAUAAUCUGUUUUCAAAGUGCUUACCUCGGUCUAUCUACAUCUACUGGUUGGUAUCAAUAUGGAUUCAAACGGCCACAAUCAUCUAUACCAAGAAAGGUAGAAGAAUAUCGUUACAUUCGAAUACUAGUUGAUGAAUUACGAGAAAAACUGCUGUCAGCGUUCAGAUUAAAUCAAGUGGAUUGCCCUCAUCGAAACAUUGUACUGAUUGCACGUGAACAAAACCGCAAGAUUUUGAAUUUGAAUGAAUUUUCACAAUAUAUUGGUCAAAAAUUCAGCAACAACCUUGAUGUUAUUAUUGUAUCUCGUGAUAAAAUCAACAAUUUAGAAAAAUUAAAACAAUUGAUACAAAGAGUGAUUUGUGCCGAGAAAUUUAUAUCAAUGCACGGUUCAGAACAAAUAUUGGCUUUGUUCAUUAAACCGACUGCUAAAGAUCAAAUUCAAAUGAUAGAAUUGUUUCCAUAUGGUAUUGAAGCCGAACAUUCAACCAUAUAUCGAACAUUUGCUGAAUCAAUAUUGGGCUAUAGAUAUUCAGCCUGGACCAAUCCUAUUCGUGCUAAUACACGUUUUCCUGAUGAUAAUCAACCUCGUCAAUACGGUGGACUAUCACAUCUGAAUGAUAUGCAAAAGUAUUCAAUACAAAAAUCGAUUGAUAAACCUCUCGAGCCAUUUCUAUGCUGUGACCAUCCCGGAUGGCUUUAUCGAAUCUAUCAGGAUACUGUUAUUGAUAUAACAUUAUUUAACGAAUCUAUCAACAAGAUGCAAAUGAUGAAUGAUCAACAUCAUUCAUCAUCAUCGAAUCAUAAUCAACAUCAUUCAUCAUCAUCGAAUCAUAAUCAACUUUUGCACCUUGGCGAAGUACAAAAUCUUCGCUGCCAGUUUAUUAUCAUGAAAAAGGAUGAAAACAGUGACAGAAUAAAAAUUGAAUGGGAUCCGCCUUGGAACAUGCCAUUUAUCAUCAAAAACAACUGUAAAAAACAGCAACACAAAUAUCAUUAUGAAGUAGCCAUUCAGCAAGAAUCUGAUACAGAUCUGAAACAGCUUCCACAAUAUAGCGUUUAUUAUACAAACAACACUUUGCUUGAAAUGAAGGUCAGUGAAAAAAGAUUCCAUAAUAAUUGCUACUAUGUGUGGAUUAAAGUGAAAUUUUAUCAUGAAAAUGAUAUAAUCAAAAGCCAUUUUAAUCGGCAGCCAUUGUUUUGUUGUCCGAAUAAUAUUGAUAGUAUUCCAUAGAAAAAAUGAAGAACAAUUUUUUUUGAUGA